AUGAUAUCUGGUACAGUGACACCAUACACAGAUGCCUGGCAAUGGUCAUUUCACCGCUUCUACACUUCUAUCCUUUACUCUGGAGAUUCGCCGAAAGUAUUCAAUGAAAUUUUUGACAAGUGGAAUAUCAGUCUGAACUUCAUACGAAAGCACGACUCUACCCCGGAAUCAAUAGUAAAUUUCGUGAAAGAGCUAAUUGAAUAUAAUGAUUCCAAGGAAUUUAGAGAAUUGCGGGAGGCUUGCGAGCAGAAUUUCCACACUCACGUUCUCUCAUACAUAUCAACUUCCGAUUUAUCUGAAGAUGAUGAUGACCAUGAGAAUAUCGGAAAAACGAGACAAAGGAGCUAUUUAUCGGAUGAUGAUUAUGAGCUUUCAUCUUUCGAUUCUGAAAUAGUACCUGUUUCGCUCACAAAUGUUUUUCGCGAAAUUUCCGAUGAGUGUUCAUAUUCUGACUCUGAUGAAUUGAAGGACAAUACGAUCGAAUCAGGCACAUCUACAAAGGAAGUUGAAAAUAAAAGGCCAACGACCAAAAAACGACAAUACAUCACUCAAGAUAUUGCAAGUGAUGCUCUAAAAGCAUAUCAAAUGCGUGUUUUACCAGGUGACAAGCUUAUUUAUGAUUAUAUGGACGUGCUAGACUACAAACUAGAUGAGGCAGGGAAUAGCCCCAUAUCAAUUGGGGUGAUAAAUUUUUAUAAUACAGAUUGUACAAAAUAUUUGCCCCUUGAUUAUAAAAUGUUUAUCGCAAAUCAACUUCAAGACAAGGAGAUAAAAGCAGUAAAUUUUACCAAUGGAAGAGCAAUUGAUAAGUUUCUAGUCAAUUGUGAGGAAGGUGUCAUGCAGUUUUUGGAUAAGUUUAAACAUAUAAAAGACUUGGAAUCUUUAGGCAGAUGCCUGGGCGAAAAUUUAAUCAAUUAUUCUACUGCAUCAAAUGACUUAAUUUAUGUUCAGCACCUUCUCCAGCACUUCUACUUCUUAUAUAAAAAUGAUACUUUGCUCCAAGCUAUGUCUGAACGUGAAUAUAAUUCACACAUAUGGACACCUUUACUGAGGAAUGCCUUUCUCGGAAAAACAGAUAUUAAGUUUAAUUACGGAGAAUUAGCAUCAAUAUCCUAUAACAAACUCAAAGAAAUUCUAAACAUUGCUGGAAAGAGUGGACCAAAGCUUGAUGGAAAAGCUUUCCUUGGAUCAUUAGGCACGGAAGUCUUAGCACAAGAAGACGGGAUUCUAAAUACACGUGGAAAGAGGAAAGGCGAUCUGAGAAAAUUAGAAUAUUGUACAAAAGUUAUUCUAACAGCUUUGUAUAUUUCGCUUCCUACUACUGCAAAGGCUAGAAUUAUAGAUAUCGAAACAUAUCGUUUACAAUCUAACGGAUUUCAACUUACUAUAUCAGCAUCAAAAUAUCUUUUCGAAGACACAAUUAUAACAAUGAACUUACAGGAUAUCGAGGUACCAAGGACUGUGGAAGCUUUCUCGAAACUUAUAACAGCUAUAAAAGUAAUUUUAUCCUGGAAAGCAAGGACAAGGAAGAAUACAGAUGUUUUUUAUGAGGUAUUAGAAGAGGGUCACGGACGCCUAAAAAAUGAGGAGCAAUUCACGCCAAAAAAAUUUUCUAUAAAUUAA